UUAAAAGAAAAAAGUGCCCAAGGAAAUUAGCGGGUAUAAAAGGAGGCUACUUCGGUCAUUGGAAAAUUCCAGACACAGAGAAAGAACAAAUCGUUCUUUGAUUUUAUUAUCUUUCUUUCUGUUCCUGAUAUUCUCCCCUGUGUAACGUUCGUCGGAGUCUCUCAGUCUCUGAUUCUCUUGAAGCAACAAAGAUUCUGUGGCUUCUGUUUGGUCGUUGUGGGAAGGAUACAUUUGGCUUUGAGAUCCUGAUUGUAUAGCAUAUAUUAUGGAACUAGAUGAUAACUAUAUGGAAACAGAUAACAGGAAGGAGAUAAAUAGUCCUGCAGUAGUGUUGAAUAAUUCAGAGUCAUCUGAGCAAAUCCCUUCCCCUGCAGAAGCGUCCAACAAACCGGAGUCAUCUGAACAAAUCCCCUCUCCAGCAGAAGCAUCCAAAAAACCAGACUCAUCUGAACUGAAGACCUCUUCUGCUGAAGUGUUCAGUGGACCUGAGUCAGCUAAAAUGAAAAUGUCUUCUCCUGCAGAAGUGUCUAAUAAACCUGAUGUAUCUGAAAAGAAAAUUGCCUCUCCUGCAGAAGCAUCCAACUCUGGAAAGAAAACCCCAAGAUCAUUGAAGGGCAAAGCUAAAAUAGCGAAGAAAACUCCCAUUCAUAACAGCUUGAAAACGAGCAAAGGUACAACUAGCUCACAGGUUAAUGGGAGGAAACGAGGGCGGAAUAGGGGUAACAACGAGAGUAGCAACAAAAGAGAAGAAGAUGCCAAGAAGAUGAAUUCAAAAAGAGAGAAACAAGAGAAUAUCAUGACUGAAGAGCAUGCCGAGAAGAGCCAUCAGGCUCAAAAGAAUCCAGGAAAGAUUAACGAAUCCGAAAAGAGCCGACAAAAACAGAGGAGUACAGAAAAACGACGUGGGUCAGACAAGAGUGUGAAGAGUCAAAGGAACAGCGAAAAACAUGAUGAAAAGAGGGAAAAGCUUGGUGGUUUGAUCUUCAUGUGCAGUGGAAAGACAAAGCCAGACUGCUUCCAUUACCGUAUCAUGGGUGUUUCAAUGGGUAAAAAAGACCUUGUGUUGGGUAUCAAACCAGGGUUGAAGCUUUUUCUCUUUGAUUUUGAUCUUAAGCUUUUGUAUGGGGUUUACAAAGCAUCCUCUUCAGGUGGCCUAAAACUCGAGCCAAAAGCAUUUGGCGGAUCCUUCCCUGCUCAGGUGCGGUUCAACGUGGAGAAAGAUUGUCUUCCUCUACCUGAGAGUGUUUUCAAGAAGGCAAUACAAGAAAACUAUAAUGAGAAAAAGAAGUUCAAAACAGAACUUACAGUUCGACAAGUCAGGAAGCUCACAGCACUUUUCCGACCAGCUCAAGUCCAUUCAACCGCUCUACCCACCCGUUCCCCAGUCCAGGCUAAAGUUCGGGAUCGGGGAGUUCAUGAAGGAGCAAGGGAAUCGCUACCACAUGCCCACAGGGAUGCACAUGCUAGAGAUCCUUAUGCCAAUGGUGAUGCUAGGAGUUAUCCAGUGUUAGCUCAUGAAAGGGACCAGCGUGUUAAAUACCGAGAUGUGGCAUCUGUAAGGAGAGAGGAAACUUCUCAUGAUUUAUACCUUACUGAAAAGGAAUAUCGAGCUUAUGGUCUUCGGGGAGAGAGAAGAAACGUGUCUCCUCGUAUUGUUCCUCCAGCUCCGGAAGCUCGCCAUAGAGAGUAUGAAAGAAAGCAUCUUGCAAGACAGCCAAACCUCAUUUACCGGGAGGCUGUCCCUGCACAUCGAGAAAAUGUUCAUUCCGAUCCUCUCUACUUGAAUGAUAGAGAUUACCCAGCUUAUACUCGCGGUGCUAGACAUGAGUUGCCACCUGCAACAUCUGCUACUGCUGUAGAUGUGUAUGCAAGGGAUCCAUAUUACGGCUACUCCUAUUAUGGUUCUUCAUCAUUGGACCCAUAUUUGGCACCCCAGAGGAGAGAGGAAGUUCCGUUGGGAUCUUUUUCUGUUGUUGGGAGGAGAGAGAAUCAUCUAAUUGAAACUGAUCCUCCGAGGAGAGAAACUGAUCGUAUGGAGAGAUUAUACUCAACACAUGCUUUUGGUGGGAGGAGAGAGAACUACCUGAUUGAGACUGAUCCUGUGCUAAGGAGAGAAACUGAUCGUGGAGAGAGACUAUAUUCGAUGCAUGCUGCUGCUGCUGCAUCUGGUUAUAACCGGACAGAAAACUACCAGGCAACCAAGGCUGAUGCAUUGCCUGCGCCAGUUUCAUCUCGUUAUGCUUUUGCAGGUCCGUCAUACUCCUACCGCUAAAUGGCGCCCUUGCAUCCCCCGGCCUGAUGCGCGCAGAAGGAGAAGUGGGUUGUGGAUAAAAAAUUCUUAGGCAUAGACCUGAGUUGAGCGCAAGAAAAUCAAAUAUUGGGCCAAUAUUUCACGCAUUCUCAAUUAUUGAGCUAAUUUGGUUCAAGACCAAGACAAAGAGGUUGUAAUUGACUUGACCACCGCGUGCAUUGAAGUUUCUCUGGGGAAGUAGUACUCAUAUGUUGUCGAAAUGUACUUGAAACUUCCCUUGCAAAUUCAUCACAAAUCUUAUCCAUUCUUCAUGUUGACUGGCUUUAUCAUGAUUAAUUCUUAGGCAAAAUUAACGAGUUUCGGAUAA